AUGAUUUCAUCAUCUUCACCACAAACUCCCUCAUCAUCAUCCUCGACCACACCCGAUCUCGCUGAAAGAUUUCUUGCAGCUGUUAUUCUUGGUGCUGUCGGAGAUGCCAUUGGAUACCGAAAUGGAUCAUGGGAAUUCAACACGGACGGAGAGAGUAUUCAUUACGAAUUACAGAAAUAUUAUGGAAGUUUGGGAGGUAUUGAUGUCAAAGGAUGGCGUGUGAGUGAUGACACGGUCAUGCACUUGGCCUCUCUGAGAGCUCUUGUCACUUGGAUGAAACGACAUGUUUCUGCUUCACAAAAUCCAAAAUUAAUUUAUUCGUUCGAUGAGAAGGAUCCCAACAGUUGUCAAGAAUUUAUGACCCAAUUUGUAGAUCCACUCAUGCAAGAAAUGGCCAAGGAAUAUAUCAUUUGUUGGGAUGAUAUGGGAGGAAGAGCUCCAGGACCUACUUGUGGAAAGGGUGUUCGAUUUUUAGAACAUAAAGGUGUGGAUCAAUGGCAAGCUUAUCCAUAUGAUACAAGAGGUGGAGGUUGUGGUGGUUCCAUGAGAGCCAUGAUGAUUGGUGCCUUGUAUGGACCACAAAGACGUGACAUGUUGAUUGCAGCAAGUGUUGAAUCUGGAAGAUUAACACAUAAUCAUCCUAAUGGUUUUUUGGGAUCAUUGAUUUCUGCACUUUUCACAGCCUAUGCUAUUGAAAAGACCAUUCCACCAGCUCAAUGGGGUGUCAUGUUUUUGUAUGAUAUCAUGCCAAGAACUAGAAUUUAUUUGGAAAAAGUUGCUGUCAGAGAUUGGAAAGAGAUGGAAAAUGAAAUUACCAAAUUCGAAGUGAAAUUUGCACAAUAUUUGAAAGAACGUUCCUUGUAUUUGGAUGAACAAGUAGUCAAGUUAGCCCUCUCUGCUCAACAAAAAUCACCAGACAGUCUUUCCAAUGAAGAAAAACAUGCAUUGCAACAAGUCGAAAAUUUGCAACCUCAAUUCCCAAAACAAUAUGGAAUUCAAGAACGUGACGACUUUUAUCGAAAAUGGUCAUUCAGUGGAUGGGCUGGAGCUUCUGGAGAUGACUCUUGUAUUAUCGCGUAUGAUUCUAUUUUGUGUGCUGGACCUAAUAAUUAUGAAGUCAUGAUGCUUCACUCUGCCCUUCAUGCUGGUGAUUCAGAUUCCACAGGAACUAUUGCAGCUGCAUGGUAUGGAGGCAUGUAUGGAUUCAAUAAUGUAUUCAAGAAGAAUUGGGACAAUAUUGAAAAGAAGCAAGAAAUGACUGAACUUGCUGCAUCCUUGUAUGAGCUCUAUAAGCUUUAA